CAACCCUUAACCAGCUGAUUUUGUGAUGUAAUUUCAUGCAUUUGUUUUCGAGUGUAAGCCCCGAAUUUCUGUCAUUUGCGUGGUCUGGUCCAUGCCAAUCCAGUUUGGCUAAUUCCUGAGUGAAAAUGUCAUUGAAAACUAUUCUCUCGUCUGUUCUCAAACCCUCAAGCCGUCCUUUGGUGCAACAGCAAUGGACAAAGGCAUUGCACAGUUCAGCUGUUCUGAUGAAAGCUGAAGAUCGAAAACAAAUGCUUGCAUCAAUGCCUGGCCGGGAUGAAGGUACUACCGGCGAGAAAUCCAUUGACAUUGAUACCUUGUUUGGAAAAAAAGAGAAGUUCUUCCCCGAUGCCAGUACUUCAACCCAGUUGUUCAAUGGCUUGCCAUUCAGUGAAAUACCAGUUGCUAAUAUCCGUGUAUCAUCAAAUAACACAAUCAUUGUAUUUACGGAUAGUAAAGGUGUACCACGAUUAACACAUUCCUGCGGUUGUGAAGGCUUCAAAAAUACUCGCAAAGGUACCAACAUUGCUGCGCAGGCCACGGCUAUUACAGUCGGAUCAAAAGCCCUUGAACUAGGCUGGAAAACUAUUCGCGUAAAAGUACGCGGCUUGGGACCCGGAAGAAUGUCUGCCAUUAAAGGGCUACAGAUGAGUGGACUUAACAUUGUAUCAAUAACCGAUAACACUCCCGUUUCAUGGAAUCCACCACGACCCCGCAAGCAGAGAAGUUUGUAAAUAGUGUUCUUGAAGAAUGCAUUUUUGGUUUUUCCUAAUGGAAUUUGUUUUAUCAAUUAAUAAUAAAAAUAAAGGAAUAAAUUUAAAACAAAAA